UUCACCGCUUGUUGUAUACCGGGAACGACUACCGUGUUGUCUCCAGACGUGAACUCUUGUUUUCAUUGAACUUUUAUAGAAUGACACCCGAAAAGCGACCAGCAGAAGACGAGGAGGAGCAGGAGUCAAAGAAGCUGAAAGAGGACUCCCCUCCACCAGUAACAGAAGCCUUGCAAGAUGAGACUAGCCAAGACAGUGAUGCAUCCGACUCUGCCACUUCUUCUGAUCCCGAGAAAAAGGAGCUUGAUCUACCAGAAGAACGUGGGACUCUAGUGUACACAGGAUGUACCCAGUGGGAGUAUAUUGGAAGACGCAACUUGAAGAGUAUUCCCUCUAUGAUACAUUAUGGACCACGACUCAUUUCUGCUCUCAAGGGAAUUCGUGUGGCCUUUGUGACAUCUCACUGCUCUGCAGUCCAUUCAAUCAUCAUCACAGAGGAGGGCAAAGCAAUGGCUCUUGGUCGUAAUGAGAAGGGUCAGCUUGGUGUAGGGGAUGCUGACAUUCGAACUGGUAUUGUACCCAUCCAGUCAAUGGCAGAAUCUACUGUGGUAGCAGCUGCAGUGGGUCGCAAUCACAGUCUCCUCUUAACUGACCGUGGCAAUGUUUUUGCCUGUGGUGACAACAAGUCGGGACAGUGUGGUACAGGCAGUACUAGUGCCAUUAUUCACACUCCAACCAAGAUUUCCUUUAAGGAAAGCAAGAUUUGCAAAGUGGCAUGUGGUGCAGAAUUCAGCAUGAUUAUUGACAAGAAAGGCUAUCUGUAUUCCUUUGGUCUACCAGAAUAUGGUCAGUUGGGUCACAAUACUGAUGGAAAGUUUUUCAUUUCUUGCACUAAACUGUCAUACCAGCAUGAACGAGUGCCAAGACGAGUUCCCAUAUUUGUGGAACGGAGUAAAGAUGGACACCCCACACCUGUCACAGAUGUGCAGAUUGUAGACAUUGCUUGUGGAAACAACCAUACAGUUGCAGUUGAUGCCAAGAAGAGAGCCUUUUCUUGGGGCUUUGGUGGGUAUGGAAGACUGGGUCAUGCUGAACCCAAGGAUGAAUACAUUCCACGUCUGAUCAAGUAUUUUGAUGGCCAUAAUCGUGGUGUUGUAAAAAUAUAUUGUGGUUCUACCUUUACUGUUGGAAUCAGUGUCUUGGGAAUCUUCCUGUGGGGUCAGACCAGACGCACUGGAGAAGCCAAUAUGUACCCCAAACCACUACAGGACCUUUGUGGCUGGGAUGUGAGAUCUGUUGGGUGUUCUGCCACAUCUAUUGUGGUGGCUGCAGAUGAAAGUGUCAUAUCAUGGGGUCCCUCUCCAACUUAUGGUGAACUGGGUUUAGGUGACAACAUCAAGUCAAGCACACAACCUAAAGAGGUAAAGGCAUUAGAAGGAGCUCACGUGUCACAAGUUGCAUGUGGCAUGGGGCACACACUGAUGAUGGUGCGUGAUGAGACAGAGCAAGACAAAGAAAUUUUGGAGAAACUGAAAGAAAUCACUCUUUAAAGGAAGUGAUACCUUCAAAGAGGAUUGCUUAGAUAUUUGAAAAUAUCUUGAAGUGUGUUUAUAAUACACUAAAAUAAUUUCACAAUAUACUGAAUACUGUACAAAGCUGUUUGUGCAGUUUUCGUGUUAUCAGAAUUUAGAUGUCAAGGAUAUUUGAAUUUUAUUAAGUAAAUUUUGUAACAAGUUUAUAUUAUGUGGGAGAAACAGCAUAACUCAGUUAUUGCUUGUUUUUAAUUAUGAAGGUAACUUGAAGAAAUAAUUGGUCUCCAUUAGGAAACAGAUACUAAUUAUAUCCCUAUUAACUCAGUACCUGGGUUAAAAUAUUUUGGUACAAUCCUGAUCAUAAAUUGUGUUUCCCAUGAAUACUUUCUGGGUAGCUACCUCUUCUACCUCGUGCCAGGUGGAGGUUAAUAUAAUAGAUUAAGUGAAUCUAUCAUUCAUAGACUUUUCUACUUUUAAGGAUAUAGGUAAACCUGGUGGCUGAUGAAGUAUUAAUUUUGGUUGAUUUUCCAUGUCAAAGGUGGUUAAGUUAAGGCCUACAAGUAGUUUAGGCAAUUUAUUUAUUUAUUUUUACUUUCAGGUGUAUGAUUAUGUUGGUAGCCUCAGGAUAUUUACCUGUUGAGUGUUUAGUUGCAUCAGUAGAAAGAGGUAUUACAAACUAACCAUGAUUAUAACUGGUACUUCUCUAUUGUUAGGGUGCAAUUAAUUUGACAAAUCAUUGAUCCAUGAAACAUUUGAUGCACUUUGUGUAAAUCAGGUUUCACAGUUACAUAGCAGCACUUUCAUUAAAAAAAAAAAUCUAUGACAGAAUCUGAAGUUUCCUGAUUAAAUUUAUGUUUAAGUACCCAAAAGGGUUUGUAUAACUUGAAAUGCAGUUAUUAAACUUCUUAACUAUUUUGAUUUUUUUGAUGUUGAUGUUUUGAGUGAUAGAGGUAUGUACCUUAACUUUUUUUUUAGGCCAAAGACAUGAAUUUUUUUUCUCUCUCUAUAUUGUAUAUAUAUGUACAGUAAGUCCUCGUUUAAUGUUGCCCCCGACAACGUUGUUUCGUUAUGACAUCGCUACUCUUUAGAUACCCGUGAUUUAGACAACGUCCCGACCGAUUCGUUAUAACGUCGUCACGGACUACUUUGUAUGGCGCAUCACCCUCUCUCAUCUUGGCGCUCUAUGCUCUCUCGCAGCGUCACAGCGUCCCCAGCCUUUGUUAGGCUUCCACAGGGUAUUUGCGUGUUUAAGUGUUUUUGCUCUAAAUUUUGUACUGUAACCAUUUGAAAUGGCUUCCAAGC